CCUAGCACUCGUUGGUAAACAAUUCCAAACCCAAAUGAAUACAACAGAUACAGUAGCCACAAAAAGAACAAAAAACACCACAUUGCCGAGCAUUGGCCAAGUCAGGAUGCUGGUGGCCAAUAAGCUGCCCAAAACAAAGAACCAGGAGGAGUCCCUCCAGGAUAAGAAGCCCACAGUGAUGGCCAAGCCGAAUGCGAAGGGCAAGGUCAAGGAGAAGGCAAAGGGCAAGGUCAAGGGCAAGGGCAAGGGCAUGGCCAAGGCCAAGGCCACGGGCAAGGCCAAGGGCAACGGCAAGGACAAGGACAAGGACAAGUACAUAAUAAGGGACUCCGACGCGAGCACCCCGUUGGCACUGGAGCGGGGCAGCGGGGACGGACCGCAUCAGGUGGCCCAGCCGAGCCUGGUGGCGCUCCACUUCAUGAACAUCUCGCUGCGACACUCGGAUGUCCAGCUGCUCCAGUCCGCUCACGAGGGCGUCAACGAGCGGCUGAUGGCUUUCUACUACGCCUACCUCCAGCACCGCCGGUACCGCUCCGAGCCGGAUCUGUACUUCCUGAAUCCGGCCCUGGCGGCCCGAGUGCGCCACAUGGACCUGCGCCAGUUGUGGGCCAUGGUGCGCGACCGCCGCCUCACCGAGAAGCAGUUCGUCCUGGUGCCGCUUUGCAACCAUCCAAGAUCCAACGGACACUGGUCCCUACUGUUGAUUUCGCGGCCGGACAGCAAGUUCUACCACUACGACUCGUUGGACAACUGCCAUUCGCCGCUGGCCGUCUCGGUGUCGGAAACUCUACGAGCGCCCCUCGCGGCCUGGAAGUUCGCCCUGGUCACGGGUCGCUGCCUCCAGCAGCAGCGCCAGCCUGCUGGCAAGGAAGGCUCCAGCCGCGACCCCGCUUCCGGAAUCCACCUCAUGUGCAUGACGGAUCACGUGGCGGACUAUGUGACCAGAUGCGGAUACGCCACCAGUUCGCUGCUCAUCGCCGUGGACCAAAUCGCUGCGAUGCGCACCCACCUGCUCGAGCUGAUCCUGUCGCUCGGCGGGAACCUCCCCUCGAAGAGGGGCCACUAAAACAGGAUGCCCCCGUUCGUUUGCUUUCCGUUUGUUGACGCAUAAAAAUGAGAAAAAAAUUCAAAAA